UUUCACCGCCGUUUAAGCACAAAAUUCACACAUGAGAUUAAACUAUAAAUGGAGAAUUAUUACCGCUGGUGAAAGUUGAGCUUAAAGGCUGGGUUUAGCUUGAAACUGGAGUUGCGGGAGAGGUUAUUUCAGGCUACGGUAUCAGCCUUCCCAAAUGAGGGCAGCCUCCCUCCGUCCCUCAUCAGCAUCACUCCUCCUGCUGCUGCGCCGCUUUAGCCUCGGCUAACCCCGGACUACACUUCCAAACCCGACCGCCUGGCUUCCGUAGUGCUCUGUAGGAUAAAAUAAAAAUGCCAAGUGUCACGGUGAAAGAUGUCAACCAGCAGGAGUUUGUCAAGGCUUUGUCAGCUUUCCUCAAAAAGUCUGGCAAACUAAAAGUCCCAGAGUGGGUUGACACUGUGAAGCUUGCCAGGCACAAGGAGCUGGCUCCCUGCGAUGACAACUGGUUUUACACCAGAGCAGCAUCCACGGCCCGUCACCUGUACCUGCGAGGAGGGGUGGGCGUCGGCUCCAUGAUCAAGAUCUACGGCGGGCGUCAGAGGAACGGCGUCUGCCCCGCCCACUUCAGCGUGGGCUCCAGGAACGUGGCGAGGAAGGUUCUCCAGGCUCUGGAGGGCCUCAAGAUGGUGGAGAAGGACCCUAAUGGUGGUCGGAGACUUACCCCUCAGGGCCAGAGAGACCUGGAUAGGAUUGCUGGUCAGGUUGCCUCAGCAAACAAGAAACAGCGAAGUUUACAAAGCGCCAUCUGAGGAAAGCAUGCAAAGAAUCCAGACAUGUGAAAUGCGGCUAUGCCUUACUGCUUAUUUACUCGAGUUCUCUUGCCUCCCACAUCAAUCCAGUGAACGCAGUCACCGAGUACAUAGAGAUGCAUGAGUCUAUGGUGCAGCGAGUCCACAUUCAACAUAACACGUGAAUGUUUGCAACACUUUUCUGUAUGAAUUUCACGACAUUCACUGUGAACGGACACAAAACCACAGAGAAUACAGUGUUAUGAUGCAAGAGCAUGUUAGUAUUGUUACCAAAAAAUGUGAAGCUGUGAAAAACUGUGACACUCAAUGUAGAAAAACAGAACAAAUGCAAUGUAUCCUAACACAUAUUUUCACUUCCAUUAUUGUGUUUGCAGAAGUGAAAGUUUUAUUAAUGACAUGUAUCAGGAUGACAGUAAUAAAGUGAGCAUGAGCACCGGC